AUGCCACAUUGCAUGGUUCCUGAGUGUACUAACAACUCACGGAAAACUGUGCGAAUCAGCUACCACAGAAUUCCAAAAGAAAAAGGUUUGCGAGAAGCGUGGUUGGCGAGAAUUCGCAGAGUAAACCCACGCGAUAUGAAUAAUUCAUGUGUUUGUUCGGCGCAUUUUACACCAGACUGCUUCGAAAGAACGCUCGAUCUUGUGCCUGGCUACCAAAAAAGGCCAAAGCUAAAAUCAGACGCGGUGCCAUCUAUAUUUCCGCGCAGUAAGCCAGAAAAAGCUAGAAGCACAGGACGAAGAAGAAAUCAAAUCCGCUCUGAACAAGCCAGACAAGAGGUAUUAAGCAAGCCAUGA